CGUGGAGCUGGCCUACGUGUACCGUCUGUACCGACGUGUACGCAGUUGUUUAGGUCUUUGUUUAGCUUUGCUUUAGAUUGUUCUUGAAUCUGCUGAGAAAAUUAAAGUUCGAAAUAUGGUACCACUAUAUCUGUGUCCUUUAGCCCUGCUCUCUCAGCUGUGGGGUGCAGUUUCCUGGAAAGCCAUGGAAUUAUCCUACUGGCUGGCGAAAUAUCAACUGACGAUGGCUGUGGUUCACCAGAUGCUGUAUUUAGUCAUCGCACUUGGAAUGGUCGUGCCUCUUCACAUUACCCCAUGGAUCUUAUUCAUCUCUGGCAUUAGUAUUCUUACAUUGUCUACAUACAAUGAAGACGUUGCGAAAAAACUACUUGAAUACACGUCUGUUACCUUUCCGACCAUUCAAGCACUAACGACAACUACCCUUCUAUCAGUUAUGAUCAGAAAUACCCAGGAGAGGUUGUGCCUAUCCUCCUAAACCCGGAGUUGAAAGAAGAAGAAGUUGAAUUCAUUGUGUACCGUCAAUCAUUGCAUGUAAAUCAAUGCACCUUAUAACCCAUUGAAUUUCCAAAGUUAAGUUCUAAGCUGACAUUUCUACCCCUGUGUCACCUUUUGAUGGGGCUUCUGAUGCUUGUUAUCAUCCUGAGAAAGAAAGUUGCUGAAUAAAUUCAUAGAUUGUAAA